CCUACCGCUGAACUUCUUCGUUCCUCUUCUCUGUUGCCUUCCCUUUUUCGUUGUCCCUUCGCGCCCCAAGCCACAUCCUGGAACCCGCUCCCCGGCGAGAUCGUCAGCUGGGACCGUGCAGCCUGCGCGGCCGCUUUAUCUCCAGGGCCCACGACUCGCUCUCGCGCAUAGAGCGGGCAGCGUCACUGCCCGGCGGAAAGUUUUUGGUGCCGGGAGGAAGUUGAACCUUCGGAGACUCGGAGAAAGCAGCCCGGGAGCCUGCGCUGGGUCUGGGUGGCCAUGGAGGAGCCCCCUCUGCGAGAGGAGGAAGAGGGGGAGGAGGAGGAAGAAGAGGACGCAGAAAGGGACGAGGCUGGGCCUGAGGGGGCCCUGGGCAAGAGCCCCUUCCGGCUGACCGCCGAAGACGUGUAUGACAUCUCCUACGUGAUGGGCCGCGAGCUGAUGGCCCUGGGCAGCGACCCACGGGUGACACAGCUGCAGUUCAAGAUCGUACGCGUCCUGGAGAUGCUGGAGGCGUUGGUGAGUGAGGGCAACCUCGCGGUGGAGGAGCUGCGCAUGGAGAGGGACAGCCUCAGGAAGGAGGUGGAGGGGCUGCGCAGAGUCGGCCCGCCGGACAGCGCCGGUGGGGAGGUAAACCUGGGACCAGACAAAGUGGUGGUUGACCUGACAGAUCCCAACCGACCACGCUUCACUCUGCAGGAGCUGAGGGACGUGCUGCAGGAACGCAACAGACUCAAGUCGCAGCUCCUGGUGGCUCAGGAGGAACUGCAGUGCUACAAGAGUGGCCUGUUUCCAUUGCCAAGAGAAGGCCCCAGAGGAAGAAGAGAAAAAGAUGCUCUGCUUGCCAGGGCUAGCAAUGCCAGCAGUAGCAAGGAGGAGAAGACCAUCAUAAAAAAGCUGUUCUUUUUCCGGUCAGGGAAGCAGACCUAGUUCAAAGGCCAUGACUAAGGCAGUGGCUGUGACUGCAGAAGACAACCCACCAAGAUGCCUUCCAGAACUGUCUCUGUUCCAUAUGUACAUUGCUCAUUUGCUUCCCCCUCAAAGCAGAUGGAGGAGGAAGGAGAUGAGGGUCUCUUGGGAUAACUUUCUCCCCAGCUACGGAACUGGAUACCCUUGAAGGUUUGGCCUGGGUGGGAGUGAAGCAGCAUGAAGAAAUCAAGAAAGCAGAAGGAAUGAGUGUGGGGCCCACCUCCCGCUCCCACUUCAGCACUCCCACGUGCAGACAUGUGCUUACUGAUUUGCUCCCAUGGACGACCCUAGUCUUUAAUGUGUAGCAGAAGGCAGAAGAGAAAGUAGGAAAAUAUGGUAUAGAUAGCCCAGGGUGAUUUCACUGACAUUUCGUGAAUAUUUGAUUUAGUAAACACAACUUUCUUUACGUGAUUUUUGUAUUAAAGUAAAAUGACUUUUAUA